AUGGUCAAGGAUUGCAUGGAUUAUGUGAAGAAAUGCCAAGCAUGUCAAUUCCAUGCCAACUUUAUCCAUCAACCGCCGGAGCCGCUACAUCCUACAAUUACUUCUUGGCCAUUUGAUGCGUGGGGUCUUGACGUGGUGGGACCAAUAGCACCUAAAUCUUCCGACGGUCAUUCUUACAUCCUUGCAGCCACAGACUACUUCUCAAAAUGGGCAGAAGCUGUGCCUCUAAAGGAAGUGAAGAAAGAAAAUGUGGUGAGCUUUAUCAAGGUAAACAUCAUUAAUCGGUAUGGUGUGCCACGCUACAUCAUCACAGAUAAUGGUAAGCCAUUCUCGAAUCGGUUGAUGGAUAAAUUGUGUGAAGACUUUGGUUUCAAACAACGCAACUCUUCAAUGUACAAUGCACCAGCCAACGGUCUUGCGGAAGCGUUCAACAAAACUCUUUGCAGCCUGUUGAAGAAAGUUGUUGGAAGAACCAAGAAAGAUUGGCAUGAAAGGAUAAAUGAAGCUCUGUGGGCUUAUGGGACGACAUACUGGACGCCUACUCAGGCUACACCUCGUAUAUGGCGUGGAAGCAGUCUUGCCUCUAGAAAGUCAACUUCCAUCAUUGAGGAUGGCCAUACAAGAGGGAUUGACUGA